UGAAUGUCAGGAAUAUUAAUUGGUUUUUUCACAUCUUUAAUACUCUUAUUUAACUUUACCGGAUGCACAACGUUUCACCCGGAAGUAUUCAACCGAAAGCCGAAAAGGAUUUCGAGGCAAAACAUCAAUGGGGGUCACAUGUGUGUGUCAGGUGCCUGUGGCAGAGGGGAAGAGCGUGCAGCAGACAGUGGAUACCGUGCACAAGAAACUGGAGCAGCUGGGUGCUGUGAAGCAGGGCAGCUUCUGGGUAGACUGUGAGACAUACCAUGCAACAGGAAAUGUCAGCGGUCAGCCCUCCAAGCUCUUAUACGUGAUGCACAAUUCAGAAACCCCCCUGAGCUGCAUUGCUCUGUUUGAAGGCGGGCCGUGCCUGGUAGCUGACACAAACUUUGACGUUCUCAUGGUGAAGCUAAAAAGUCACUUCCAAAAUGCCAAGGCGCACAAGGUGGAGUGUCGUGGUUCUAGAUAUCGCUACUGUGACUUCUUAAUAAAAGUUGGUACAGUGACAAUGAGCUCCAGUGCCAGAGGGAUAUCAGUAGAGGUGGAGUACUGCCCUUGUGUGAUUCCAGGGGACUGCUGGAAUCUCACAAAGGAAUUCAUGCAGUCCUUUCUUGGCCCCAGCGUCCCCGAACUGCCGUCUGUCUUUGCUGCCAAGCCUGAAGGACUCUUCGCACCAUCGGACUGCGUCGACACGAUGACUCAAUACUUGGAGUUGUUCAACAAACUUCGUAAAAUGCAAAUACAAGGAAGUAACGUGCGUUGAGUUGUCAGCAAUGGAGAGACAUUUUCUUUGUUUUUACUGAUGUUGCUUUAAUUCUGGUCCACUGUAUCAGCAUGUUAUCCAGGCAUUUGUCAGAGCCUGGGGUUUUAUAUGUUCCAUUUCUGAAGCCUCAACAUUGCAUUACACCUUUUUGAUAAAAAGCCUAUUGUAUUAAAGAUGCUUAAUGAAAGGCUAGAGUAGCUAAGACCUGUGUUUCUGACUAAUUACUUCUAAUGUCCUAUAGCUGGGGUUGUAACUUUCUGUAGAGAGACUUUAGUUUUGCUGAAAGUAAAAUUACACAUAAUUGAGUGUUUUUCUAUUGGUUUAUUAGAUUGAUUGCCAACAAGGCUUAAAGGCUUAUGUUUAAUAAGUUAAUAACAUUUUAAACAGGAAAAACCUUUUUUAAGUACAAACAAGGACUUUUGCAUUUGUUCAGAGAACUGCAGCUCUCAGUUCAAUGGUUUAUAUUCAGUAUCCCUUUUUUGUGGUAGAGAUUUUGACUUGGAGGUAUAAAAUACAGGUAACACAAACUAAGUCCCUAUUCAGUUUAAAUUGCUUAGUAAUAAUAUUAGGCUAUUAGUAGCACAUAUGUGAAAAAAUGAAUACGAUGUGAUCAUGUUAAGUCUGUGCACAACCACAUAGUCCUGAGAAUUUUUAUAAUUAGGCAAAA